UCGACCGGGUCUGACCCCCGUGGUCCGGCGUGAGUCCCAUCGUGUGUGCGCUGGGGACCGGAGCUAGGGAAGCAGCUCCUCAUUCCAUCUCCAGGAAGUCAAACUGGAGGAAGGAGGGCAAACUCGGGGAGGCGGGGCUCGGUGCCACUGGGCAGCCGAGACGGCCCGCGGUCCUCAACCCCCACGCCGCUUCAGAUCCGGGAUCCGAGCGCUGGCCGGCGACCCGGCACUCUCGCGGCCAGAUGGCGGAUCCCCGCCCAGAUCCUGAAUCAGAGCCCGAAUCCGUGUUCCCACGGGAGGUCAGACUCUUCGCUGACUCCUACUCGGAGAAAAGCCGGUUCUACUUCUGUGGUCACGUGCUGAGCAUCACGGAGAACUUCGGGUCCCGCCUCGGGGUGGCAGCGCACGUGUGGGACGCGGCUCUAAGCCUGUGCAACUAUUUCGAGAGUCAGAAUGUGGAUUUCCGAGGCAAGAAAGUGAUCGAACUGGGCGCUGGGACGGGCAUCGUGGGUAUCUUGGCAGCGCUGCAGGGGGGGGAUGUUACCAUCACUGACCUGCCCCUGGUCCUAGAACAGAUCCAGGGCAACGUCCAGGCCAAUGUGCCGGCUGGAGGCCGGGCCCAGGUCCGCGCCUUGUCCUGGGGGAUUGACCAGCAUGUCUUCCCUGGAGACUAUGACCUGGUGCUGGGGGCUGAUAUCGUGUAUCUGGAGCCCACCUUCCCGCUGCUGCUGGGGACCCUCCAACACUUGUGCGGGCCCCAUGGCACCAUCUAUCUGGCUUCCAAGAUGAGAGACGAGCACGGGACAGAGAGCUUCUUUCAGCAUCUCCUGCCCCAGCAUUUCCAACUGGAGCUGGCCAAGCGGGAUGAGAAUGAGAAUGUUAACAUCUAUAGGGCCAGGCACAGGGGACCAAGACCUGCUUGAUGUCACCCUUCUGCUCCUCUGAACACCUUGUUCUAAUGAAGGAACUGCCAUAUGUCCAGAGCCGUAAACAUAAGGACCCAAAACGAUGGAUUUCCCUUGCCUCUGUCUUUCCUCCUUCCCUUUUUGUUUCCUGAGAUACUCUUGGGCAGGUGCAGGGAGGUGCUAUGUGCUAGGAAUACUAGAGCCCUAGCUGUACUGGGCUAGAGUGCAAAGGAAAUUCCCAGUUCCUGUUCUCAGCAGUGGAAGAUGGGAGGGUAUCCAGGAUUUUAUGGGAAGGGGAGGUAAGUGGGAUGUGUGAACAGUGGCUGCAGAGAGACAGUCAUGAUCCCAUCUAGUCCUGCUGUUGUCUUUUUAUACAGAAUGGAUUUUUUUUUUUUCCAGAUUCUACUGGAAUUUUUUAAAAAGGAAAAUAGGGCUUCCCUGGUGGCGCAAUGGU